GUAAAACGCAAUUAGAGGCUGUUAGGAGGAGCAAACGCCUGUUGCUGAGGGCUGACAAGCCUUUAAUUCCUACCAGCUGGGAGCUCUCGGCUUGCUCUAUAAAUCACAUCUCCAGCCUCCUACUCAUUGCUGAGAAUCAACAUUCGUCAACAUUCUUCGACAAUGUUCAGCCAAGCCAUAUCCAAUUUCAGCAGCUCUGCUUGCUUCGUGAACUUCCCUAGCAGCUGGCCAGACCUUGACAGUCCGGUGGAGUUGUUCAGGGUUGUGAGGGGAAUAGUAUCUGCCACCUCUCCCUUGAACCAGAAUUUGGAAGCAUCAGUUACCCUCUGUGGUGUGUUUAAUGAAUUUUUCGCAGACAAAAUCUCUCGGAUUCGGGCCGACUUAGAUGGAGACUCCACAAUUAAUUUGAUGUCUGAACUGGAGGUGUCCGACAACUCCUCUUAUACGAUUUGACUGGAUCAAUUUCAGUUUGUGACUCCUGAUGAUGUGGAAAAGCUGCUUGGAGCGUUCCUUUUCAGGCCUGCCAACCUACUGAGAUCUUUAACAAUGUACGGCACUGGAGAAGUAAUUUCAAAAUCUCCUAAACGUUACUGGAAUGGUUGCUUAAGAAGGAUCUCUAUUCACAAUGACAAAUGCUUUUCUACUAAAAUUGUCCUGGGAAUAGAAACCAGCUGUGAUGAUACAGGAGCUGCUGUGGUGGAUGAAGCUGGCAACAUUUUAGGAGAAGCACUACAUUCUCAAAAUGAGGUUCAUAUAAAAACAGGUGGAAUAAUUCCUCUAGUGGCACAGCAGCUUCAUCAAGAAAACAUUGUGAGGAUAGUACAACAAGCUCUCUCUGCCAGUGGAGUUUCUGGGAAUGAACUCUCAGCUAUUGCAACAAGUGUACAGCCAGGACUUGCUUUAAGCCUUGGAGUUGGGCUGAACUAUAGUUUGGAACUGGUGGAGAAGUACAAGAAGCCUUUCAUCCCCAUCCAUCAUAUGGAAGCACAUGCGCUUACAGCUAGGUUGACCAACCAAGUUGAGUUUCCAUUCCUAGUUCUCUUGCUCUCUGGGGGUCACUGUAUACUGGCAGUCGCACAAAGUGUUUCCGAAUUUCUUCUCCUUGGACAAACACUGGACAUUGCACCGGGGGACAUGCUAGAUAAGGUAGCCAGGCGACUUUAUUUACAGAAAUAUCCAGAGUGCUCUGGUCUGAGUGGUGGAAAAGCAAUAGAGCACUUGGCCCGGCAGGGAAAUAUGCUGCGGUAUGAAUUCAAAGUUCCCAUGGAGCGACAUAAAAAUUGCAACUUCUCCUUUGCUGGACUUCAAACUCAAGUCACUAGAAUGAUUGCAAAAAAAGAACGGGAAGAAGGCCUUCAGGAAGGUCAACUCCUGUCCUGUAUCUCAGACCUUGCUGCGGCCGUCCAGUACACAGUAGCUGCUCACAUUGCUAAGCGAACACACCGGGCCAUUCUUUUCUGCAUAAGAAAGGGUAUCUUACCACACAAUAAGGCGACUCUGGUGGCAUCAGGAGGCGUUGCAAGUAACCAGUUUAUCCGCAAAACUCUGCAGAUUGUGACAGAUGCCACUGACUUUACCUUAUUUUGUCCACCUCCCAGACUCUGUACCGACAAUGGCGUUAUGAUUGCAUGGAAUGGCAUCGAAAGGCUUCGUGCAGGAUUGGGAAUUUUAUAUAGUACAGAAGGCAUAAGAUACGAACCCAAAGCUCCUCUUGGGACUGAUAUCUCGAAAUUAGUCAAGGAAGCUUCUAUCAACGUGCCAGCACUAAAUCUGACAAUCUGAUGUUUGCCUUUUUUCAAAUAUUUGUGGAAAUCACCAUCCAACACCAAGGCUUCUCUUUUCUGAGAACUCAAUGCCAGUUGUGUCCAGCUGCACCUCGUUUCUCAUACAGUGUGUCAUUGAUCAAGUAUUUCAUGAUGUGAGCAUGUGAUAGGAAGAAACUUGAGAUCACUACAUUUUAUUUUAUUUUAAAAUAUAUUUAUCUUGAUUUUCUCCAGGAAAGAUGCAAAAUGGCUACAGUUCAAGUUUAAAAUCACAUACAAUUUUUUUAAAAAUUGAUAAAAACAAUAAGACAGAUCAGGAUAAUCCCAAAUGCAGUGUUAUUUUGUUUUACUCUAAUUGUUUUAAAGGUGACAUAGACAUCAUCAGCUUUUCAUCAUUGUACAUUUGACAUGUAUCCUUUUCACCCAUUAAAUAAUGCCAUUUUUCAA